UCGGUCGGGCUCGCUUGCGGCGCUCGGUCGCCAUGACGAGCUCCGCUCCCAAGCUGGGCGUCGCGCUGCUGCUGGCCGUCCUGCUGCAGGCCGUCGUCGUCGCCGUCACCGUGCUGCACUUCAGCGCCUCGCUCGACGCCGUAAGUCCGCCGCCGCGCUCGCCGACGACGUCAAAUGCAUUCAAGUCAGCAAAGAAAGAAAACUCCACGUACAAGCAAAUACAUAAGAACAACAACAACAACAACAACGACGACGACAGCGACAGCAACUUCCAAUGGACUUCAUUUGAACUUGUACAUCGUGAUUCAAAUGUCUUAUAGCGAUUCGAUGAUUUGCCAGAAGAGGGGGAAAUUACGCGAAAAUUAAUGAGCACAUGAGGAAGAAAAUCAGUGAGUUCAUAAGUCAGGAGGUCAUCAAGUUAGGGACACAAAUUGAGUGAGUCAAUCAGUAACUGAGGAAGUCGACAAUUGAAGAAUUCAGUGACUUAGUGUGUAUGGAAGUCACUAAUUAGAUGAAGGAGACGUUCGCCAGGAGCAGCGUGUCGUGCCUGAAAGGUUGGGAUGCGCAGAGCGUCUCGGCGGUGGAGGCGCAAGGCGAUCCCUGCUGGCAGGUCACGCAGCAGCUUCGCCAACUCAUCGAGAAGUCGUUGUCGCAACGCUACCAGAAGCAGAUCUCGUCAGCGGUGAGAGAUGAAGUGUCUCGGGUUCUGCCCUCGCUGGUGCCAGAGGACAGCACGUUGCCGCGGCCCAAAGUCGCCGCUCACGUCACCGGAAGCUUCGCGCCCAAACUGCAGGGAGGAGGAGGAGGAGGAGUUGCAGCAACGGCGGGCGCCCGGCGCGUCCACGGACAGAAAAUAUCGUGGUGGGAGGGCGAGAAGGGCCUGGCCUUCCUGCAGGACGUUCAGCUGGUGGAUGGCGAACUGGUGGUCCCGCAGCCCGGCCUCUACUACGUCUACGCCCAGACCUACUUCAGACACACCCACUCCCUGGACCAGGACGCCCCGGAGGAGGGCGACGAGGACAGAGGACGACCUCUGCUGCAGUACAUCUACAAAAAGGUGAGCACCUACCCGGUUCCGAUCCUGCUGAUGAAAACCAGCCGGACCUCCUGUUGGUCCCCGGACUCCCAAUUCUCGCUGCACUCGGCCCACCAGGGGGGGCUCUUCCCCCUCAGCCCCGGGGACCGCCUCUUCGUCACAGUGACCAACGCGUCCGCGGUGGACAUGGACGAGAGGAGCAGCUUCUUCGGGGCCUUCCUUAUCAGCUAGGCCACAGGGGGGCGCUGUCGCACAAUAGAGACCACCUGAUGAACCCGUCAAUCAGAACUUGUUGGACAUGAAAUGCGAAGACGUUCCGAACGCGGGGGCAGCGUUAAGUUAUGACGUGAAGUGAGGUGGCGAUGGACACGAUGAAGACUCACAAACGUUUCUUAAAAUUGCGAAAAAUGAAAGUUUUUCCUACCCAUCUCAUGCCACUAGGAGGCGACCCUACACAACAAAAGACAAGUACGACAAUCAGCAAGUUGACCUACCAGUGAGGACAGAGUGCGCUAGUACAUGGAAACUCGGCUAGAAAUCAAGGCUAUCGACUACAUGCUCGAACGGCUUCCCAUAGUACGACAUUUCAAGUCCAAUUCACAGGUUGGCUACUUGCUGCUAACUAACAUUCAUUUCUUCAACAAAUCAUAAUCAUCGUAGCCUAAACAAGCAAGCAUGAGAUGCCUGGGGGG